AGCGGGCAGCGCCGGCUCGGAGGGGGCGGGGGCUAAGGGAGCCUCGCGGAGGGCGGCGCGUCAGGGAGGCCUUCCUGGAGGAGGAGGCUUCCUGGAGGAGGAGGCUCCCGGACCCGCCCCAGCGAUCUCCCCCCUCCCGCACCCCAGGGCGGCACAGCGGGGCGCAGCCGGGACGCGCAGCUGGUCUGCAGCUUCUCCUGGGCCACUGAGUCAGCCCCAGGCAGCCGAGGAGAGCCAGAUCUGCAUUUCGGGUUCUUCCGUGCUCGUCCACCACGCCAUUCGUGCACGGCUUUGGACAGUUUGGCUGGUUUCUCUUUAUCUCAGAAGUUCCUCUGCCUGUGCGUCUUCUCUGCCUGCCAGUCCCCAAAGUUGAAAACGCCACCAGGCAUGAAAGUACCCGCUGGGCUCUACUUAGGAAGGGAGAGUCCAUCUCUAGAGUUUAAUUCCACAGCCCUCUGUGGCUUCAAGAAAAAAUGCAAUAUUUUAAACUAUUGGGGUUUUUUUCCCUAAUGUUCUCUCAGUGUUUAUGAUUUUGAAUAUAUUUGACUUCAUGUCAGAGGACAUGACAAAAUCAGGAGGACAGGCAUUUAAAAUUCAUCGGAAAAACGAUCCGCAACAGGCCUCCGAUAGGACAUUUUUCAUUGAUGCCUCCAGUCAGAGCUUGACUACUGUUCCACGGGAGAUCACAGACUUAGAAGAAUUAGAAGAAGUGCAUCUGGAAAACAACCAGAUCGAGGAGAUCCCGCAGGAUAUUCAGCACUUAAAGAACCUCCGGAUUCUCUACCUGAACAAGAACAGGCUGGGCAAGCUCUGCCCAGAGCUGGGCAGGCUGGGCAGCCUGGAGGGCCUGGACCUGAGCCACAACCCGCUGCUGUCCUCGUCCCUUCCCGUCCUGGGCGGCCUGCGCAGGCUGCGGGAGCUGCGCCUCUACCACACGCACCUGGGGGAGAUCCCCAACGUCCUCUGCAAACUCCUGCACCACCUCGAGCUGCUCGGCCUGACCGGCAACCACCUGAGGUCUCUGCCCAAGGAAAUCGUGAACCAGACCCAACUGCGGGAGAUCUACCUGGGGCACAACCAGUUUGCAGUCUUCCCCCCGGAGCUCUGUGUCCUCUGCAACCUGGAGAUCAUCGACCUGGAUGAGAACCAGCUCACCGCCAUCCCCGAGGAGAUUGGCAACCUGGCGAGGCUGCAGAAGUUCUACGUGGCCGACAACGGCCUGGCCGGCCUGCCCGAGGCGCUGGGCCUCUGCGCCGGGCUGGCCGUGCUGGAUCUGUCCCGCAACCGGCUGCGCUCCCUGCCGCGCGGCCUGGCCCAGCUCGCCGCGCUGACCGAGGUGGGGCUGAGCGGCAACCACCUGGAGAGGCUGCCGCGCCUCGUGUGCAGGUGGAGCUCCGUGCACCUGCUGUACCUGCGCGACACGGGCCUGCGGGCGCUGCGGCGCUCCUUCCGGCGGCUGGUCCACCUGCGCCUCCUGGACCUCAGCCAGAACCACCUGGAGCGCGGCCCCGCCGAGCUCUGCGCGCUCAGGCACCUGCAGGUGCUGGCGCUGGACGACAAUAGAAUACGGCAGUUACCUUCAGACUUCAGCUCACUUUCAAAGCUGAAGAUGCUUGGAUUAACAGGAAAUCAGUUCCCUUCGUUUCCAGAAGAAAUCCUUUCUUUAGAGUCUUUAGAGAAAUUAUACAUUGGGCAAGACCAGGGAAUGAAGCUCACCUAUAUUCCAGAACACAUUAGCAAACUACAGAGUCUUAAAGAGUUGUAUGUGGAGAACAAUCAUCUGGAGUACCUGCCCACAUCUUUGGGAUCAAUGCCUAACCUGGAAAUUCUUGACUGCCGCCACAACUGGCUUAAGAAACUUCCAAAUUCCAUUUGCCAGGCACAAGCUUUGAAAGAAUUACUGCUUGAGGACAACUUGAUCACCUGUCUUCCAGAGAAUUUGGAUAACCUGGUGAACCUCAAGGUUUUGACACUGAUGGACAAUCCCAUGGAAGACCCCCCAAAAGAAGUGUGCAUUGAAGGCAGUCAGGCUAUAUGGACAUACUUGAAGAUAAAAAGAAACAAGAAAAUAAUGGCAACAAAGGUGCACAACAUAUUGAUUUGAUGAUUCUAUGCAUUCCACGGUGCUCACCGCAAGCGUCGUCCCCAUCUGCCACACACAAUGUUAUUACAAUAUUGCUGACUACAUUCCCUGUCCUGAACUUUUCAUCUCCAUGACUUACUUACUUUAUAGCUGGAAGUUUGUACCUCUUCAGCCCUUCAGCCUUCCUCCCCUAUUCCACGCACCCCCACACCCACCUCCCCUCUGAGAAACAACAGUUCUCUGUAUUUGUGUUUUUUGUUGUUCUUGUUUGUCUGGUUUUGUUUUCAAUACU